AUGUCGUCCAGGCUCACAAUCCAUCAUUUACGACGCUCACAGUCCGAAAGAGUACUAUGGCUGUGUGAGGAACUCGGCAUUCCUUACCAACUCGAAACCCAUCUCCGCCGACCCCCCAACCUCGUUGCUCCAGAUGAGAUUCGCAAACUUCACUGGGCCGGAAACGCCCCUAUCAUUCAAGAUGGAGAUAUUUGUCUUGCUGAAACCGGUGCCAUAUUCGAGUAUAUUUUGGCCAAGUACGGAAAUGGCCAGCUGGUUCUUCCUCCAACGCAUCCAAACUAUGCCGACUAUGUUUUCUGGCUUCACCGCGAAAACGGCACUACAAUGCCCUCUCUAAUUUCCUUGAUGUUCAUGCAGCUUAAUGGUAUCUCUAAGGAGAACCAUGGUUACGUGAAUAUGCAGCGACGCGUUGACGCGACCUACGAGGCCAUGGAUAGACAGCUUAGCAAGUUCCCGUAUCUAGCAGGCGAGGAGUUCACAGCUGCCGAUUGCAUGUCUCUCUUCUCAUUGACCACCUUCCGUGUAUUUGCUCCCUUCAGCCUUGAGAAGUACCCGAAUAUUGUGGCAUAUCUUCAGCGAGUGGGUCAGCGUGAUGCUUAUAAGCGGGCCAUGGGAAAGGGCGACCCUGAUAUGGAGCCUAUUCUCUCAGCGGAUCCUCCAAAGCCUUUGUGGGAAUCUUCUUAG